AGAAGAACAAGGGUAGCUUAAAGAAGCCACUUAAUCCUCCUUAAAGAAGCCACUUAAUCCUCUUACAAGAAGAUGAGAUUUUCUCUCAAAUCUUACCCCUUUACAAGACAAACCUAAGAUCCUCACUACAAAUCAUUUUUGAAAGAAUAAUCAUACCUCUAAGAUAACUCACAAAUAGAACCAUAAAAGGAUUACAAGCAAAAAUUACUCAAAGAUCAAAAUCUCAAGUUAAAACACAAAUUGGUAGGUAAAGAUAUUCAGUAUAAUAUCUAAAAACUUGUUUCAGAUUUUCUACAACCAUUUUUAUAUCUCGUUGGUCAAAAAUAGCUGUUUCUAGCCGUUAUGAUUCAUUAAAUGCUCAACAGAUCAAUUUUAGUUCACUGCAGAUUUGUCAAUAAAGCUAGCUCUACCUUCAUAACUGACUUUGCAAAGCCAACUUUCAUCCCUAGGGCCAACUUUCUUGCUCUUCUUGCACAUUCUAUUUUUUUGAAAAGUUGAUUGCAAAAUGUAAAGGCAGUUUAAGAAAUCUGACUUUAAAAGAUUAAAAAAAUCCUUUAAAUAACUUGACUGUUGAGCAUUAAAUGUGCCAUCACAAACUACUGCAAAGUUAUAGCCAGCUUUGUGUCCAUUUUCCACAUGCGCCGAACUGCAGGUUUAAAGCUUCCACCCAUAAAGCCAGCUGCAGUGUUGAAAGCUAGCUCUUUGUACUUUUUUCACCAAAGCCUACUACAAAAAUGUAGAGCUGGCUCUCUACACCCAAUUCAUCAUUUUUGAUCCAUUUUUAGUGUAGUCCAAAUUCACUUACUUUUGCAAUCUUCUACACAUUUAGAUGAACAAGUUAAUCAUUCAAAUGUAUUUUAUAAUCAUCAAAAUCAUAAGUACAACAAUCUCUCCUUUUUGGAUGAUGAUCAAACACUUUGAGAAUAAAUUGAUGAAAGCACAUAUGUAGUCCAAUAUUAACAAGAAAUUUUAGCACCAAAGCAAUCUAGAAAAUGACAGUAAACCAUAAAAAAUCAGCAUACUUUCUCCCCUUUUUGUCAUCCAUAAAAAAGUAUAGAAACAUAACCAAAUAAGCUCCCCCUUAACUCAUGCAUAUCAACAUUUACAUCAUCAAAAAUAUGUAAUUUAAGCACAAUAUCCAUAGAUUACUCCACCUCAAUGAAAGCACUUAAGAAUGUAAUCAUCAAAAUCAUAGGCAACUACAAAGUCAUAUACCAUUAAAAUUCACAGCUCAUGAUAAUAAGUUAAAGAAACACGCAAAGAUAAUGAAGAACAGUAUAGCAGUUAACUUUAUGAACAAACACAAGAUAAUAGAAUACAAUUCAUCCUAAAAAAAUUUUAAAAUGCACGUGCCUAAGAUGCCCAGCCUAAAGAUUAGCCAAAAGAGAGAAACAUCAAGUUAGGUGGCAUCAGGUGGGGGUGGAGGAAAAAAGAAACAAGUUGGCAGUUCAGGUGCAGGGAGUCAAGCUCAGGAAGAAGGUAAUCUCUUUGAUUUUAAUUUAUUUUGGGAUAAGGAAGCCUAUGAUAAAUACAAUUUCUUGAAGAAUUUGCUUAUUCUACCUUGCAAUAAUGUGAAAUUCAAUUA